GUCAUUUCAUACUUCGGCCCAAAACCCAAAGCCAUAAAUUUGUUUAGCGGCGGAGUGAGUUGCAGUUCACAAACGGAGUCGACCCACACUGCCGGAGCCGGCGGCUGAUUCUGCACCAUGCGCAUAAUUGUAUCGAAGCUCACCGCCUUUCAGCAUCUCUGCAGAAGGGAACCUGCGCGGACCCUGCAAUUUCGCCCUUUUUCAGCGUACGACGAACGUGAGAUCGAGAAGGAGGCUGAAAGAAAAGUAGGAUGGUUAUUAAAACUAAUCUUUGCUGGGACUGCCACAUUUCUGGGUUACCACAUUUUUCCAUACAUGGGGGAUAACUUGUUGCAGCAAUCUGUUUCCCUCUUGCAAGUCAAGGAUCCACUGUUUAAGAGGAUGGGAGCAUCGAGAUUGGCUCGCUUUUCGAUUGAUGAUGAAAAAAGGAUGAAAAUAGUGGAGAUCGGUGGGGCUCAGGAGCUCUUAAACAUGCUUGGGGCUGCCAAAGACGACCGUACACGUAAGGAAGCUUUGAAGGCUUUACAUGCCAUCUCACAUUCAGAUGAAGCUGUUGGUGCUUUGCAUAAAGCAGGGGCGAUCUUGGUUAUUAAAUCGACCCCGGAUUCAGCCGAAGAUACGCAAGUAAACGAGUACAAGUCAAACCUAAUGAAGAGAUUUAGAGAUCUUAGCUAUGAUGUUUCAUCUUGAAGGAGAUGGGGUGUCUUACAUUUGCGAGAUCGGUUGUUUCCACUCAAAAUACUUUAACCAUGUUAGAGAUGUUGGGAAGGAUUGAGAUGUUGAGACCAGUUUUUUUUAUGCUUUUUAAGAUUAAAAUCAAGGCUUCUUCCUUACAGAGAAUGUAUAGUAGAGCCAACCCAAUUAUUGAACAAAUUUCUCAAAAUUUACAAUUUUUUUAAAUAUCGAGUCUCAGUGUUCUCUCGAGUCCCAUUGUUGUUCUUAGCAUAUCGAAUAAAAUUUUAAGGGUGUUAUGAACU